AUGGCUCCAGGUUCCAUGAUGGACACUUCAAGCAGUUCUGCAAUCGUGAAGAAACGACACGCCAAGAAUCGCCACUCUCCAGAAGAAUGGAACCAGCAUAAGGCGCUCAUUGAGAAACUGUACAUGAGCGAAGAUAGGACUGUGGAAGACACCAUUCAAGUCUUGAAGGAUCAAGAGGGUUUCGUGACUGGCGAGAGAAAAUUCAAAAUGCAGCUUAAAGAGUGGGGUUUCGAGAAGAACAUUCGAUCAUCUAUCAUGCAACUCAUGCUCGCAAAGGCAACGAAGCGUAAAUUUGAUGAAGACAAAGACACCAGGUUCAGAUACAAGGGCCGAGACAUAUUGCCGGACAGACUUGACCACUAUGCGAAGAGAAGCCACGUCAAAGAUGGCAAAAGAGUCUCUCCCACUGCUUCAACUCCUUCUCUUCUCAGCUACUGUACCAUGAGGAGUAACAGGUCCUCUUUCUCUGCUUCACUGGUUCGGGCGGUCAACUUGAAUACAUCGAACGCUAGCAUUGCAUCCACCGUUUCGUCGCUUCACCAUCGUGGUCGCGCACUGCGAAGAUCGCUGAGCAAUUUAUCGGGUCGAAAAUUCUCGUCAUCCAAGAGAGGAAAUAGUCAUGGUUCUGACCAUCGCUCCAUAUCUCCAACAGAUUUCGAGGAUAUGCCUUCGUUGUCACCUUCCUCCAAACAGUACCGUGACUACGAGCCGAAUCUUCGGAAAUACGACAAGUACGCAAGAGUAGUUGAAGGUUGUCCAUCCUGCAAAACGUUAUUUGCCAAUACGUUAAAGAAGCACUUCACUGCCCUUCGUUAUCAUAUCCUUCACCUGGACCAUCCUAAAGUCUGGGAGGCUGCGGAAGAGAUCAUUCCAAAACUCUCACCUUUAUGCAGAUCGUGUCGUGGUAUUUCCUACGAAUUUAUUUUCAGAGUGCUCAGGCAAGCCAUGAAAGGCUACCUUCCACAAGGUGGCAUCCCUUGGGUGACGGAUCUCUUUGAGAAGCUUUUGCAAUUCUGUGUGGAAGAUGACCUCUACGAAUGCAGCUACAUUGCGUUCGACGUCGUCAACAAUCUUACCAAUUUGUAUCUUGACCAAGGGUUACUUUACGAAAUGGAGCAGAAGCUACUUUUAUUCGGCACCAGCAUCGAGACAGAGGGAUUCUCAGACCUAGCAUGGUUCUGCAAUCAUCUUAUGCUUGCUAGAAUCUAUACUCUCCAGGAACGUCAUCACGACGCUCUUAGAGAGUAUGGGAAGUUAUCGACGUCUGGCAUAGAAGUUUAUGGCGUCCACUCUUGUUUCAUGCACAUGAUGGUUUUUUGCUGUGCGGACGCAAGCGAGAAGCUCCAUGACUAUAAGACUAGUACAGACCUCUAUCGGAGGCUACUCAUGGAGUCGGAUCCCACUGACUAUAUCAUACGAAAUAGGACUCCUUUGGCUCUUCUCGGGUUGUCAAAUAAUUGUCGAUAUACUCAGUCAAAUCAAGACUGCAAGAAGUAUGCAUAUAAAGUUGCUGAGGUCUUACGGCGUGAGAACGAGCCAUCCACAUCUCAGUCCUGGUGGAUGCUACGUGAUCAGACGUGGUGUCACUUGAAUCUAGCGGUAACAUUUGACAGAGAGAACAAUUUUGAGCAGGCUGAGAGUUAUUUCUCCCAAGUGGUUUCUGGAUAUGAAAAAUUGGAGAGGCAAGGGUAUUCAUAUGGUGCGUUGGCGAUCAAGCUGGACCUGCAGAGACAUUAUUUCGGCAGACCUCGCAGAAUUGAUGUGUUCGAGGCCGCGAUGCCUUCCAGUCAUGAUCUUCGAUUUUCUGAUGCUGAUUCUCAUCACCCAUCCACUUUACAGAGUAUUCUCGUCAGGGUUAUCCAGGAGGCGGACGGUCUUUCCAGAUUUCAAAACUACCAACGAGCUGAGCAUCUCUUCAAUGAGGCAAGGGGCUUGCUCAACUUUUGCAAGCCACGUCUGAAAAUCUUCUUUGCUAUUCAGACGGCCCAGCACCAUCGCCGCAAAGAAGAAUGGAAGCAUGUCCGUCGCUGUCUGGACCAAGCAGUCAUACUUUCAGAGGAGAUAUACGGUCCCACAGACGUCUGCACGGCCGCGUUCAAAGGCAAGCUUGCAGCAUUCAGUGAAGAGAUGGAAAAGGAAGGCCUUUCGAUCGUUGCGAGCUCGAAGUCAAUGUCACUCCUCACCAUCUCGUCGAUGAGCAGCAACAGCACAGGGUCUGACGAGUUUGACGAGUUGGAGUUUCUGGAGGAUGGGAUGGUCUGGGGCCAGCCUCCAGCGUCGUUGUUGAGGUUUGCGUAA